CGCUAAGGAAUUAAACAAAAGAGAAAAAAAAGGAGAUCUUCAUCUUCCUUCCCAACAGGUUGAAUUCCGGGCAGCUGUUAGAUUCCUGAUUCAGCAAACCAAUUGCUUCCUCAAUUUCCCGACGAACUUACCAGUCAAGCUCUCCCAUCCUCCCAUCGCCAUUCUCAAGCUACGCUGCUAUCAAUUCCCCUCCGCCACUUUCCGAGCUCGCGCCUAAUCGUUGCCGGGUGAGCCGGCAUGGCGGGGCCGAACAUGGAUCAAUUCGAGGCUUACUUCAGACGAGCAGAUUUGGACGGCGAUGGAAAGAUCAGUGGAGCUGAAGCUGUUGCUUUCUUCCAGGGAUCCAAUUUGCACAAACAAGUCCUUGCUCAGAUUUGGAUGCAUGCUGAUCAAAGUCGCAGUGGCUUCCUCGGUCGAGCAGAAUUUUACAAUGCUCUUAAGCUCGUGACUGUUGCACAGAGCAAGAGAGAGCUGACACCUGAGAUUGUGAAGGCUGCGCUAUAUGGUCCUGCUGCGGCCAAAAUCCCAGCACCACAAAUUAAUCUUGCAGCUGUGCCUGCAGCUCAAGCGGGCUCAAUGGGUGCUCAACAGAUGGGCAUGCCUGCCUCAGCGUCAACUCAGAGUCCUGGCAUUAGACCACAAGGUGCUCCAACAAUGGGUAUGAACCCAAAUUACUUUCCAUCUCAACAAAAUCAGUUUAUGAGACCAGGUCAGCCGAUUACUCCAGUAUCUGGCCCUCGGCCACCUCAGGCAAUUGCUCCUGUGGCAGCCCCUCGACCACCUCAGAUGAUUUCUCCUGCAGCUGCUCCUCAACUGCCUCAGGCUAGCAUGAUGGUUAGCUCUCAGCCAAUGUCUACUGGUACUGCUUAUCGUCCAACCCCCCAAUCCAUGGCUGGUGCUGGUGGUGGUCUUGGUGCAUCAACUUCUGGUAUUACGACUGAUUGGCUGGGUGGAAGAAGUGGCGUAUCUAUACCUGGUGCUGGACCUAGAGCUGCCAGCCCAACUACUAGUUUGCAGCAACUAACUCCAAGUUCUAUGUCUUCACCAUCUAUUGUUACUGACUCCAAAGCUAUAGUGUCUUCUGGCAAUGUGUUGGCAACUACUUCUUCCUUCGGAGAUGACAUGUUCUCAGUUUCUCCUUCUACAAAAAAGCAGGAUCCUCCAAAACCAAUUUAUUCUGCUGCGAAUCCAUCUCCGACAUCUGCUCUUGCCCCGGUCUCUUCCCUUGGUCAAGCCCCUAUCAAGUCCAACUCGCUUGGCUCGUUGCAGGAUGCUUUUUUUCAGCAAUCCCUUGGCGGUCUUCAACGGGCCCAAUCAUUGCCGACAAUAGGGCAGCAGGUUUCUGCUUCAAGUUCUGCUUUACCUGCGUCACCUGUGACUUCUGUUGGACUAGGAAGUACCUUAGACAACAACUCCCAGCCUGUGUGGCCAAAGAUGAAAGCAGCAGAAAUUCAGAAGUACACGAAGGUGUUCAUGGAAGUAGACACGGACCGGGAUGGAAAGAUUACCGGUGAGCAGGCGCGCACCCUUUUUCUAAGCUGGAGGUUGCCAAGAGAGGUCUUGAAGCAGGUCUGGGAUUUGUCUGACCAGGAUAGUGAUAGCAUGCUUUCUUUGAGGGAGUUCUGCUUUGCUCUCUAUUUAAUGGAAAGGUUCAGGGAAGGUCGUCCUCUGCCACCCUCCCUCCCCCGAAAUGUGAUGUUCGACGAAACACUGAUGUCAAUGACAGGCCAACCUAAGGUUGCUUAUGGAAAUGCUGCAUGGGGGCCUGGUGCUGGAAUGGGCCCUCGACCACCAAUGGGUCCUGCACCUGGCUUGAGACCACCAGCUCCAGUACCUGGACCUCAGCAUGAUGUUGCAGCCAUGUCCAGUCAGAACAAGUCUGGAGCUCCUGUGUUGGAUGACUCCUUUCUGAGUCGUGAGAAUGGCGAUUCUGGGAAUGCAAUCCCGCAAGAUGCAACUACAGAGAAAAAGGCUGAAGGAGCAGAGAAGUUGAUAUUGGAUUCCAGAGAGAAAAUUGAGUACUACCGCAGUAAAAUGCAGGAUCUUGUUCUAUAUAAGAGCAGAUGUGACAAUCGGCUUAAUGAGAUCACAGAAAGAGCACUAGCAGAUAAGCGUGAGGCUGAAAUCUUGGGUAAGAAGUAUGAAGAAAAGUACAAGCAGGUUGCUGAAGUGGCCUCUAAACUAACUAUUGAAGAAGCCCAGUUUCGGGAUAUUCAGGAACGAAAGAAGGAGUUGCAUCAAGCAAUCGUUAACAUGGAACAAGGUGGCAGUGCCGACGGCCUUCUUCAGGUCCGUGCAGAUCGUAUACAGUCAGAUCUGGAUGAAUUGACGAAGGUUUUAAUCGAACGUUCCAAGAAGCACAAUUUGGAUAUCAAGUCGACUGCUAUGGUCGAGCUUCCAUUUGGUACUCCAAUCCUAGGCGAAUCUUUUAACUUAUUAUGAAAUGUGGUGUUUCAGUUUUAACCAAUCCUCAAUUACUCAUUACCAAUCACUCUGACAUGACACCGGUUCUAACUUGGGCUCUUUAUCCUCCACCUGUGUUUUCUUAUUCGAUGAUUACUAAGGAUGGCAACCUGGAAUUCAAGAAAAUGCCGCUCCUUGGGAUGAAGAAUGGGAUAAGUUCGAAGAUGAAGGUUUUGGCCAUGAUCUCACUAUUGAUGUGAAAAACGUUUCUGAGGCUGCAAACGGAACAGCCAAUGCUGUCCAAAAUGGAAUAGCAUCGCCAAGUGGUAGCUUAACUCCAGAUUCUUUGUCCAACGGUGAUGCAAAAUCCGGGAACUUCAGAAAUACUCAUGAUCAGGAGCAUAACCUCGAGGAGAAUGAAUCUGCAUACACUCACAGUGAAGUUGAAUCGGUGGCACGCAGCCCUCAUGGAAGCCCUGCUGGAAGGACCCCUUCACGGGACUUCUCUGAUGUUUUUGCAAAGAGCACUGAAGGAGAUUCAGAAGUUCAUAGAAGUUUCGACGAUUCAGCAUGGGGUGCAGCAUUUGACUCAAACGACGACGUGGAUUCGGUAUGGGGAUUUAAUCCUGCCAGCGCCAAGGAUACUGAUUCAGAGAAGCACCAAGACUUCUUUGGCGGCGAUGAUUUCGGCAUAAAGCCAAUAAGGACAUCUGGAUCUCCAACCAGCACAACAGACCACAUUUUCCAGAAGAAGAGCAUAUUCUUUGAGGAAUCUGUAGCUGGCUCUCCCAUGUCCAGGUUUGCCAACUCUCCGAGGUUUAGUGAAGCCGGUGACCAAUUUGACAGCUUCUCGAGGUUCGACUCCUUCAGCAUGCACGACGGUAGCGGGUUUUCGCCACAGAAGGCAACGCUUUCAAGGUUCGACUCCAUAAAUAGCAGCAAGGACUUUGGUGGUGGUGGUGGAUACGACCGUUCAUUCUCUUCGUUCGAUGAUGGAGACCCUUUUGGGUCCAGUGAGCCUUUCAAAGUUUCCUCUUCGUCGGACCACCAUCACAGUCCUAAGAAAAGCUCUGACAGUUGGAAUGCCUACUAGCCAAAAGCCAAAUCCCUAUCUUUUUCUCCCUUCAAUGGGCUGAAAAUGUGUCCAGUUUUACCACUCCGGAGUUUGCUGAUUACUCCAGUAUAUUAAUACCAUCGAGAGAGGAGGGAUUGUUCAGUGUUGUCGGCGGCAAUGGAUAUCUUCAUUUUGGAAAAGUAUAGCGUGAGCUGAGAAUUGUACUAGUGUAGAGCUUGGUUGACAUGACUGGAAGCCUGUUGUAUUUCUUGCGGUUUUUGUUCUUUAGAUUCGCAUUGUAUCAUGUAUUCAUGUCAAUUUUGGAUGGAACUCUAGGGUACAUAAAUUUACAAAAAAAGAACAGAUGUUUUGUUUUGUUCUGUUUUAGGCUUUUAGCCUGUGAAUUCC